CUACAAAACCCUGUCAGAGACAAUCAACACUAAAUUCAGUCAUACAAAUAACUACUCAUGGAAACAGUAUACAAAGAUAUAUAGGUACUCUUAUUCACCCAAAAGACACGCAUUAGGGAGCAACUGAAACACUUAAGAAUAUGUUCUGGGACAGCAGUCGAGUGGCUCUCGGCACGCGAAGACAGACGGCAGGGAUGCCUGGCACGGAGAGCUCGAACGAUGAAGAUGUCUUCAUGGAUACCGAGGGAGAGGAGGGUGUUUCGUCAAGCACAAAAAUACCGGCAAAGCUGACGAGGACCUCGAUGCUGCUACUGGACUACAUACAUUUCAAGUCUGCACGGACCAUCCAGCGCCACUGGCGAGGCUGCCUCUGCCGCGAGACACUGAAAAAGCGUAACAAAGCGGCCACUACCAUACAGCGCUGGUGGCGUGGCUUCUCGGUGCGAAAGAACUUUUUCAAGACCGUAGAGAAGAUGCUGCAGAAGCGGAUCGAGAUGCGCUACAACCAAGCGGCCACCAAGAUUCAGGCGUUGUUCCGUGGCUGGUGGAUUCGUCACACGGUCCACGAUAUGUACAGCCUGCGCCAGAUGCAGGUCUGUGCGGCCGAGGACCUUCUCAACUGUGUGGCCUUCAAGCUGCACCAUUUGCUUCGCACCUACUCGAUACCCGGCGUCUACUCGCUGAAGGAUACAACAUGCUUGUCGCGCGUGGAGAAGCUGCUGGCGAGUCUCAACUUUCGUUUCCACAACGGUCGCGUGCGGGCGUACAUGGCCAAACGGAGCGCUGAUGCCCAUGUGGAGCGGGAUCACUUUAAAAAGAGCAAACACCGGACAGAAGUUCCGUUUACUGGUCCCAACUUCCAGAUUGUUUGUGCGCCCCAAUGUGAGGGGGCGCUGCGCAUGUCCAAAGACAUGGACCGACGAAUGUACAAGAUCAUUGAGAUGUACGACAAGGCCCAAAGGGAUGCUCACGUUCAAAAGUUCCACCAGAGCAUAGCCGGAAAGAAACGUCUCAAGGUCUUGAAGGAGAAAUUGAAGCUUCUUGAAAAGAAUAAGCGGGACUUUUGUGGCGAUGUCAUUGCUAGCAUGCGUCGCUGGAAGAUACUGGGCGGCAGGCGGCUAUCCGUCGACAAUAAUAUCUUCCAGAAUCCCCAGAAUCUGGAGAAGUUCCUCCACGAGAUAUCCGACCUUGUCGAAGAGAUCGAAAGCGUUUCCUGCCAUUGCAAGCCACCAGCUCUGGACAAGAUCGUUUGUCGCUAAAUGAUGCCCCAAAAAAAAAAUAGCAAAGCAAUUAUACAAAUUUUAUAUAAAGAGCUUUAUUAGCUAUAAAAUUUAAUCUGCCAA